AGUAGAAACAAAAUUAUUCCAUUUUGUCAAAUUAUCACGUCAAAACUCACGAAAUAAAUGCCAAAAGCGACGUUUUCAAAGCAUGAAUUAAAUUGCUAUCGUGACUUUGUAAUCAACAGAAUCUUAAACUGCAAUUGAAUCCUUCACGACUAAAAACACUGACGAUAUUCUGCCGAGUCUGAAGAGGAGCUAUGAAUCGUCCAUUCAUGAAAUAAUGGAGGGGUCGUUCCCAAUGGCCAGUAGCCAGAUGGAGGUCGAUCUACCAUCAACGUCUGGCUCUGGUACCAAUCUUAAACGCUCCAACAGUGCCCCAAUGAUAAAUGCCUUGCCACCAAAUACACCAACGGAAGCCGUUCCAGAAACAAAUCGGUCUCACACACCACCUCUUAGUCUCUGUAUACAACAACCUCGUCCCCUUGACUCAACCAGAGUUCGUCGCUUCAGCUCAAGCAGUGUCGCACUGACAUCAAUUAAUAUCAGUACUUCAGCUCCACUUAAUACUACACCAAUCAAAAUUCCAUCAAGAUUACAUCAAAUCAAGAAUGAGGAGAAACUUAAUAUAAUAGUGAACCGAGAAGCUGCCCAUGAGAAAGAAGUGCAAUCCGCCAUGCAGAUAUCCAGUUCCUGGGAUGAAUUUCACUUGGAUGACAACAAUCAAGAUGCCGACCCAGUUCAUCAACAACCCCUAGAUGGCACUGUGGGCAACAUGCACAACGCCCCUCAACACGGAGCAAGUCAUAUACAGAGUAAUGUACAUAGUCUGAGUAAUGUACAGGACAUGCCGAUGUCCAUGAACAUGGAAGCGAGUUGUAGCAACUCGUUAGGGCCGGCCAUGAAGAGGCAACGUUCGUACAGUGAAAGCCUCCAUGUGUUUCCUUCACUGUUCCCACUGUCGGGGUCCCCGUCACCAACCAGAGUCGGGAAGCAAUGUUAUUCACCCUCAAUGCAACAGCCAGUGAGGAACUCAACCCUUACACCAAGUCCAAGUCCUAGUCCUACCAGAAAAACAUUUGCUAGAAGUUUGAGUCCGAUCGCCAUGAAACCAAGUACUCUCGGCAUGAAAAGAAAACUAGAUUGUGAUAAUGAUGGCUUCAGUAGUUACAUGAGCCCGCCAAAGAGAUUCAGUACUGGAGCAAGCACUCCAGACAGGCAGAGUGCACCACAUCCCCUCACACACAGUAUAUCAUCGAGUAGUUUAGAAGAUAAUAGCAGCCCAGAACAAUUGGUGCCACGCGGGGCCACAACAACUUGCACAAUCGGCAAUAUGCAGACUCAUCGCUCACCGUGUUAUACUUUCACACCAGUCUCGGUCACCGAGGGGAAUGAUAAUGUCGUCAUGACGGACUCAGAAACAUCAGAGAUCACAGAUAUAAGUGACAGUUCUAUGUCACAUAUGCAGAUGUCGCCAGUCAGGCACGGGCAUACGUGAUAAAUGGAUGAAAUAUUGCAUGAUAAUUUAAAAGAAUUUAACCUCUGUUGCCUGAGAAUAUGACUUUAUGGGUGAUAUGACCAUCUUUGAGAUAGUCAGACAGGAAUUGGUCAGCGGCAAACCACAGGUGUCAAAAGAGGCUGAAAACAGGGCAUGUGCUGUUGGCAGCGGCAGGGUAUGUGUAUUAUUAGGGGUAGUGAGUGGUUCUAAUGCAAUCAGUUGUAUGGUCAGUUGGUGUGAUUUGUCGGCCGGUAUUUUCUCCUUUUGUUGGUUCAAAAUGAGAAAUUCUUGUCCUUCGACGAGUGGAAGGAAAUUGAGCUGGGCAUUUAGAAGUAUCCAUCCUUGCACCUUGGGUGAGGUUGUUUCGGGUAGGACAAUGUGGCUGUUAGUGUACAUGUAGUCUAGUGCACAAUGUCUUAACCAGAUUGUCAUCGUGUAUAAAUGUAGCUGGAGGUCAACAAAAGAAGUCUGAUCAAGUAAUCCAAACAUUUUCAUGCCCAUUUUUUUCCGCGGUUACAUGGCAUUGCAACUUCGGUUACUUUAAUUUCAUAUUUCAUAUUGACGUCAUCACCUUUAUAGAGUUGAUGCCGUGUAUGACUGAUGUGUUGCUUGAGGUUUUGAUGGCAAAUCCAUGCAUGGGGAGAGCAUGACGUGUGGUGUGACGUCACAUGAAGAGCCUCCAUGUAGAUAAUGACUGAGAGGAGUUGGUGGUAAUCAUCUUUUCCUUCCCUACUCAACGAGCACAAAACUUGAAGAAUAUAAUUACCCAGACUGAAGUGCAUUUUGAUAUUGUAGACACACCAAAACAUAUUUUGUAUAUAUUUUUGCAGAUUUGCAUUUUACAAGUAGAUGUUGUAUGAUUUAUAGAUAUUAAGCCAGUUUUUCAGUGUGUGACAUAAUUUUACCCGAAAAUCCAAGUAUUGGUGUGAAGUCAUGACUUUGUGACAAACUUGUAAGAUCUGAAUAAUAUACCUACCUGUUCACCACUUCCCUGUGAGGAAAGUCGCCCUUCAAAUCUGAGUUAGUGGUUUCACUAAAAACAGUUUGAUUUUGGUAAAGAAUCAAAUUUUGAGAAUUUUUCAUUGACUUGUCCAUGUUUAUGCUUGGUUGAAUAUUUUGUUUAAACCUUUGUUGAUAUUUCUGUAGUUUACAAUGAAGACGAUAUAUCAAUAGACAUAUGGGCAAUUGUGUACGAAGCAAGUUUUCUUGUCGUAAGAUUGUAGUGUAAGGUCAACAGUACAUUAUCACUCUGAACGUGAUUUAGUUCAAGAGAAAUACAUGUAUCGUAACUUGAGUGGAACUAUCCUGUGAUUGCAAUGUUACAAAUGUAUGUAGGCUAUUUGGUAACUCUUGUAUAGGAAGUAUCCGAGAGUAAGACACGUGUGAAGGACGCUGUCCUAUAACCUUGAGGAAAAGUAACGAACUUCAUGUAUUUGCUAUGACGUGUAUUUUGACUUGCCCGUAGGCCUAAUCCCUUUUUGCAUAAGUAUUUUGGUAAAACUCUUGUUGAUCUCUUGUGCCAUAAGUUUUCAUAUAGUGUGUUUACAUGUAUCUGUUGUGGCAAUCUGGACUGGCUGUCAAUUGUAUCUUGAUAUGUCGUUGUGAGGUGACAAGAUAAGAUGAGGAAACGUUAUUCUCCACAGGCUCUGGGUUAGUCGCUCAAACAAGUCACAAUUCUAAUAUCUUCGAAGGGCUCUCAGCUCAGCCUUUUUGUUCAAAGUAAGUCGGGUCACUACUCUUUGUUCAGACUUUGGGACUCUCUCAGCAGUGUUACAUUAUCCUGGCAUUUUCCUGCAUGCAGAAUCUUUAAAACCUAGAGACCUGGAUCCAACACUAUGCUGUAUGGCAGUUGUGACAAAGCUAACCUGGGUGUGCAGGACUGGGGCAAGUUAUGUUUGUGCCCUCGUCGUCCGAUGUUGUAAGUGUAGAUUCCAGUUGGAGUUAUUUAUAUUGUGUACAGUUGUAAAUAAUGUCCAUAAGUAAUAAAUAUAUAUGAAUUUACAUCC